GAGCUUGCUUGGUUGCUGACAAUAUGUAGCUCAUAAUUUACUUCUCCUAAAUUCCAUUCUUCGUCGUCAUACUACAGACCGGCCCCAAGGUGAAAUGUUUUCGAGCAGGUAGGCCACAGAACAAAUAGAAAUACACAACGCGCACGUGACCGUAACGCGUUAUGUCGCGCCGCCAGCGCGUCUUUCUUCCCUUCAAAUAUUCACGACGACAACUUCCACUUUUCUGUUAGGAUUCCGUACAUCUUCUAUACUGUCACUAACAAUUGAAGGAAGAUAUUUAUCAUGGUAUUGUCCGACGAUUCUGUUCCAGAUGCAUAUCCAUAUGCGUGGAGCUCGAGCUCAAAGUUAACAUUGAGUGAAUUCUUGACGAAAUACAAACCGUCUAUGGUCCAAGAUGAUGGUACCAAGCCGUGGCUUUGGGUCCAGAAAGCCGACAACGUGGAGAAAGUCGACAGAACGGCGGCCAUCGAAGAAGCAAAUGAGAUAUUGAAAGAGACAACAGAGAAGGUCGAAAAUAUCAAGAACGAUGAUUCUAUACCCACUCGUGCAAACAAGAAGAAGGGCAUCAAGAGUAAGAAAGAACUUCGGGAAGAGGCGCAACAAGAAGCUACGGAAAAACUUAAGGACGUUUCCGAGCGACAUGGCUUCGUCUCCGGGAAAUGGUUGAUAUUUGCACCUGCGGAUAAAGUAGACCUUAUAUGGUCCACGGUUGCCACUUCUCUCAUUGAGGGACCAUUAUCCAAGACAAGUGCAACUCUCACAAAGGUUGCAACUUCGCCCAAGAACGAGCAGCCUAAUCAUCAACACUUGCUAUGUCUAUAUUUACCCAACGUCUAUGAUAAAGAUAGUGUGACGGAGGUUAUGAAGAUUCUAUUGCGGAAUCAUGGACUGAACCUUAGUGGGGUAAAGUCUAAUCUGUACACAGAAAUGGGUUUGGACAGUAAACAUCCAAGCGGAAUUCAAUCAACGGUUUGGCGCAACAACUCGUUGAUGAAAGAUACCGAAAUAAAGGAGCUGAAAGAUGCUUUCUAUGCCGAACUCAGUACAGCCAAAUCCGCCCAAACGGAGAGGCCUGCUGCAGAAAAGACUACGGAAAAGCCACGCUCAAGUGCAGCAGCCUCGAUACCAAAGCCUAAGCUGAAGAAGAAAGCUGUUGAUGACGAUCCUUUCGCUUCUGACGACGAUGCUACGAAACCCCAGGCAUCUGAGAAGAAGGAAGAAGCGAAGCCGACUUCAAAAGGAAAGAAGAAAUUUGUUCCAAAGAAAAAGGCCAAGAAUGACGACGAUUUCGAGUCUGACCACGAUGAAGACUCGGAAACGAACGGUGAGAAACAGCGUGUCGAAGAACUAAAGGCCAAGAAGGCGGCAGCGGCAGAGAGGACUAAGAAGGCUAGCUCAGCAUCCAAGAGGCGCAAGAGUGACGAGGAUGAGGACGAUGCUGAGGACGAAAGCGAGCCCCCCAAGAAGAAGCGAGGUGGUAGAAAGUAGGGUGCUGGUUUUGACUCAUGCUUAUAGUGUCUCGGUGAUUGCUUCCGCUGUAUCUCAUGUCCGUUCUGAUGCGCCCGUGAAUGUAUACGUCCGCACCUCUCAUCAAUAGCAUGGCAAUAUGUUAUAGUAUACGCGGCAUAUAUGGCUACCAGCUCCCACACAUCUGCCUACGCCGUCCUUUGUGGCUGGUUUUUAUCCGGCUACCUGCCAUCGUGGCUCAUGCCGACAUGAAUGAGCAUUCAAUAC